UCAUCCCUUGGAGUGCACGCUUCUCCGAUCUCUUUUCCGCUAGACUUUUAGUUUAGUUCAUUAUACCCCUAAAACUUGCUACCCCCAUAAAAAAAUGAUUUCCUACUACUAAUGAAAUUCACGCAAGUUUCUACCCUAUAAUUAAAAAAUCUAGUUGUAAUUUAAGGGUAUCAAUCUAAUAAAAUAAUCAGCUUACCUAACGCAAAUUUUAAUAUACGACAAUCAUUUCAUUCUAUACUAUACAAUUUACCAAUCUAGUGAUAUUUUAUUUUCAAGACCUUACAAGGGACAUUUGCAGAAGACUCACGAUUUUUUUUGGAUGAAUUUUGGAUUCGGAUAGAGUGAAGGUAGCUUUUAUUGGAUAACAUCAGUAUGUGAAAAUUGAGUUUCUCGUUCAGUGAACUGUGGAAAACCGGAAGUUGAACGCGAUGUGGACGAACGGAAAGGCCGAUUCAUCGAUAGAUCGUUGGCCCCUGUUUAACAUGACCCUGCCUUAAUCAAGAUCGACGUAUACGUGAGCGGAAAUGUUUCGAGCUUAAAGCUUGAUUGGCUGAUCGGUGCCUGGCUGUUUGCAGGAUGCGAGUGAGUUAGUGCGACAAUUUUUUGUAAUGACACUCGCAAACUCGCCAAGGGCCUGAUUCGAUGAAUUACAAGGCUUGUAGAAAAAUUGGAUAAAUUCCUUCCUGCAGUUGAAAAAAUUCAGGUGGAAUUUUUCAAAAUUCAAGGCCUUGAAUUUUCUAAGAAGGAAGAAUUCAUUCUGGUUUCAAGAUGCAGGCUCUUCUCCUAAUGAUCACUUUCGCAAGACUUGUUGGAUCAGAAUUCUUCAUCGAAAACGUCGAUGCACCAAUACCAACAUUGGAUGUGGUGGCAGUUUCUGAGCACUCUGCAAAAUUACCAUGUGACCUUACACCCAAGAAAGGAAACGAGAUGGCUUUUAUGGUCUUCUGGUACAAGAAUGAAAAUGGAGGCGAGCCUAUCUACAGUGUUGAUGCUCGUACAACAUUGAUCAGUGAUGGAAAACUCUGGUCGAAAAAAAAUGUUCUUGGUGAUAGGGCAAAAAUGAGGACCAGUUCGAAUCCUGCUAUUUUAGAAAUUAAUCCAGUAUUACCAGAAGAUGAGGGACUCUACACGUGCAGGGUUGAUUUCAGAGACACUCCUACAAAAAAUCAGAAGAUCAAUUUUACAGUAAUCAUACCACCUGAGACACCGCUGAUCUAUACGAGUACGGGGAACUUGGCGAACAUACUGCAACCUUUCAACGAGGACAGCCCGCUGUCUAUGGUUUGUAAAGUCACUGGUGGAAAACCGCCACCUAAAGUUGUUUGGUACUUGGAAAAUAAAAUACUCGAUGAAAGUUAUACUUCGGAAAUGGGAGACACUACCGUCAAUCGCCUCGACAUUUCAAAAGUGACUAGAGAUUUUUUAAGAGCAAGGCUCAUUUGCAAGGCUCAUAAUAGUCACCUCGUUAAGCCUGCUGUUUCUGAAAUCAUCUUGAAAGUCAAUCUUAAGCCGUUGAUGGUGAACAUAACGAAUAAGGUUCCCCAGUUAUCAGCUUUACGAACCUACGAGAUAGAAUGCACGAGUUCCGGUUCUCGGCCGAAGGCAACAAUUACUUGGUGGAAGGGUAACAACCACGUGAAGCAUAUGGCGAGAAAUUUUGCAGAUAAUGUUAACGUAUCCAGAAGUGUGCUCAGCUACGUACCGACUAUAGAGGAUAAUGGAAAAUUCUUGACUUGUCGAGCUGAGAAUAAUGUGAUACCCGAGAGUGCUCUAGAGGACAAAUGGCUCUUGGUCGUUCACUAUGUUCCAGUAGUGAGGAUCAGGUUAGGGAAAAGUUUACUUGCUAGUAACAUAAACGAAGGAGAUGAUGUGUACUUCGAGUGCGAAGUAAAGGCCAACCCAAAGGCAUAUAAACUUGCCUGGUACAAGGACGGCAAGGAGCUUCAUCAAAACAUCACUGCCGGUAUUAUCCUUCCCGGUGGUCAAUCUCUUGUUCUGCAAAGCGUGUCAAAAAGUUCGGCUGGAGAAUACUCUUGCAUGGCAGCCAACAUCGAAGGAAAGGCGACUAGUCGACCCGUCUCCCUGGAAGUAAUGUAUGCACCAAUGUGUAAAGACGGUUCGUCGACGCAAGUAGUAGGUGCACUGAAGCACGAAACAAUUUCAUUAGUUUGCGGAGUUCAAUCGAAACCGGCGCCCAUAACAUUUCACUGGACCUUCAACAAUUCCGGGGAAUUGAUGAACGUGCCACCUACUAGGUAUACACAGGUGAAGUCCCUACGAUUGAUCACGAACAAUUGGCACGGAUCCAGACUGAAUUACACUCCUGCCAACGACAUGGACUACGGGACAGUCGCAUGCUGGGCAAGAAAUCGAAUAGGGGUGCAAAAGACACCCUGUCUCUUUCAGAUCAUUGUCGCAGGGAAACCCUAUCCUCUACAAAACUGCUCGGCUCAACAGUCAACAGGACCAUACGCGUAUCGCAUGGGUAAGGGUCAUGAGGAUUUCAAGACGACUGAUCCAAAAGAUGUUGAUUGGUUAAUUGUGAGAUGUAACGAGGGUUUUGAUGGAGGAUUACCGUUGACCAGUUUUGAGCUUGAGGUAUUCGGUGAGGAUAAUGAUGAUCAUAUGAACACCAUAUACCUUAACCGAACCACUGGUAGCACAUCUGGACCAAUCUUUGAGAUUGCCGGAUUAGAACCAGGCCGGAAUUAUAGGCUUCUUAUAUAUGCUGUCAAUGCCAAAGGUCGAAGUGAUCCUGUCAUCCUUGAACCUGUUACCCUCAAAGGAGUUGCAAUGUACACCACCGGACGUGGGGCUUCGGAAGAUGCAUCAGACUAUAGUUUGCUCGUUGCUUGUUUUGCCGGCGGGCUAACUGCCGUUUGUAUUCUGGUCGUCGGGGUUACGUUGACUCUCUAUCGUCGGAACCACUUCAUGCAACCCAUGAAAACUCAGACGCACAUAGUUCAUUACGAGCCAAGUGAAGAUCAAGAUCACGAUUCCGUUUCACCAGUUCAGAAGGCUCCCCAGAGACGAGAGCAAAAGGAAUCGUUAAAUUUCAUCGAACCAAAGGAUUUAAAGGAGCAAGUAUCUUCGGAUCCUCCAGAUGAAGAUCCCGAUGUUAUACCGAGUAAAGUGGAGAGAAGGCCUGAUAUUUUUGAACCAAACUAUACACCCAAACCCGAGAGGAUUAAAGACCCUGGAAAUUCGGAAAUCUUCGAUUAUUCAUCACGAACGACCGUCCUUCAGGGAAAGGACGGUUGGAUUUAUCCUAAUGGCUAUAGGGAAAGACCGGAAGAACUGAGUCCUGUCAGACCGAACACACUUCCGGUCCAUCGUAGCCAUGACAUCUACACAAGAAGUUUACGUGUUCAGGAGAGCUGUAUAUAGAGCAAACCCUUCCAUUUUAUCCUUUCACACUCAUCCAUCUUUCAUCGACGGUUAACAGUUCGAGGUGUUGUACACGAUUAUCGA